GGGGUUCUCUAAACUGCCAUUACAAAUAUGGUUAACCAAAGCCACAUUUAUAGGAAAAAAAGAGUUACUAUCUACUUCUCCGAUAGGAUGGCUCUUUUUCUUCUUCAGGGGUGAUCCCGAAUGUCCGCUGAAGAGGCCCCGUGCUGAGGGGAAUUCGUUCAGGCGCCAGCUCUGGUCACCCCGCUCUUCGUGCCUCGGCUCCUGCCAGGACCCCGGGGGCCUCGGAGUGUCAUUGGGGGAUGACCGCAGCCCUCGCCGCGGCAGCUGCCACCGCCACCGCCACCAUGGUCUCCGGCAGCGGCGGCCUCGCCGCCGCCCGCCUUCUGUCCCGCACCUUCCUCCUGCAACAGAGUGGAAUUCGACAAUGUUCCUAUGCAGCUUCCCGGAAACAUCUCUAUGUUGAUAAAAACACGAAGAUUAUUUGCCAGGGUUUCACUGGUAAGCAGGGCACCUUUCAUAGCCAGCAGGCGUUGGAAUACGGCACCAAACUUGUUGGCGGAACCACACCAGGGAAAGGAGGCAAGACGCAUCUGGGCUUACCCGUCUUUAAUACCGUGAAGGAGGCCAAAGAACAGACAGGAGCCACGGCGUCCGUCAUUUACGUCCCUCCUCCUUUCGCCGCUGCUGCCAUCGACGAAGCCAUUGAGGCAGAGAUACCCUUGGUUGUGUGCAUUACGGAAGGUAUCCCGCAGCAGGACAUGGUGCGGGUCAAGCACAAGCUGCUCCGCCAGGGGAAGACGAGGCUGAUCGGCCCGAAUUGCCCUGGAGUCAUCAAUCCUGGAGAAUGCAAAAUAGGCAUCAUGCCUGGCCAUAUUCACAAGAAAGGAAGAGUCGGCAUUGUCUCCAGAUCGGGCACCCUGACUUAUGAAGCAGUUCAUCAGACAACACAAGUUGGAUUGGGACAGUCUUUGUGUGUUGGCAUUGGAGGUGAUCCUUUUAAUGGAACAAAUUUUAUUGACUGCCUUGAAAUCUUUCUGAAUGAUUCAUCCACAGAAGGCAUCAUACUGAUUGGUGAAAUUGGUGGCAAUGCAGAAGAAAAUGCUGCAGAAUAUUUGAAGCAACAUAAUUCCGGUCCAAAUGCCAAGCCUGUAGUGUCCUUCAUUGCUGGUCUGACCGCUCCUCCGGGGAGAAGAAUGGGUCAUGCAGGGGCGAUUAUCGCUGGAGGAAAGGGCGGAGCGAAGGAGAAGAUCGCCGCCCUCCAGAGCGCGGGCGUUGUGGUCAGCAUGUCCCCGGCACAGCUGGGAACCACCAUCUACAAGGAGUUUGAGAAGAGGAAGAUGCUAUGAAAGAAUAAAGAGGUCCCUGCGCCUGAGGAACGAAUCACGACAGACGGGAAGCGCGGCAGUCUGCUCCCUUGUCCGCUGAUUGUUGACUCUUGUGCCUGACACAGGCCUUUCAGUGUGGCAAGAAACCAAAACGAGGCUUAGAAUGUACGCAGUUGAGAUAUUUUCACCUACUGUAUCACAGAGACAGACAAUAAAUCUACCACUUGAUUUGAA